AUGUCCCGCGGGAUGCCCCGAUCGGCGCCACAACUGCAAGGAAACCGGGAAGAAGGACACGUGAUAUUGCACAAGAUUGAAGGACACAAGACUGAAAUACACAAGAUAGAAGGGAACAAGGUGGAAGGGCAAAAGAUAGAAGGAUACAAGAUGGAAGGACACAAGAUGGAAGGACACAAGAUGGAAGGAUGCAAGAUGGAAGGAUGCAAGAUGGAAAGAUACAAGAUGGAAGGAUGCAAGAUGGAAGGAUACUAG